CUCAGCAUGCCCUUUUCUGGUGCAGCCAGACCUUCCCAGGAAUCACUCUGGAGCUUGAGGCCAUCCUCUAGGGUAAGCAUUUUUCAUCCUUUCCAAACGUGAAAAGACUGGCCAUCUGUCUGGAUCCCCCUCCCGCCAAAGCGGCACGAGAGCGGUUCUUUGGGAAAGGUGAUCCCGCCAAGGUGCUGCCUGUGCCGGGCUGCUCUCCCAGCUAGCGCACGUCUCCUGUUCCCGGUAGGAAAUGGAGUCCAAGGUCUCCGAGGGCGGCCUCAACGUCACCCUCACCAUCCGGCUGCUGAUGCACGGCAAGGAAGUUGGAAGCAUCAUUGGGAAGAAAGGAGAGACCGUGAAGAAGAUGCGUGAGGAGAGUGGGGCAAGGAUCAACAUCUCGGAGGGGAACUGCCCUGAGCGGAUUGUGACCAUCACUGGCCCCACUGAUGCCAUCUUCAAGGCUUUUGCCAUGAUCGCCUACAAAUUUGAGGAGGACAUAACCAACUCCAUGAGCAACAGCACCGCUACCAGCAAGCCUCCAGUGACACUGCGGCUCGUGGUGCCAGCGAGUCAGUGCGGGUCCCUCAUCGGCAAGGGGGGCUCCAAGAUCAAGGAAAUCCGAGAGUCCACAGGUGCUCAGGUCCAAGUGGCGGGGGACAUGCUGCCCAACUCCACGGAGCGGGCGGUGACAAUCUCGGGGACACCCGACGCAAUUAUCCAGUGUGUCAAACAGAUCUGUGUGGUGAUGCUGGAGUCCCCACCAAAAGGUGCCACCAUUCCCUACCGCCCAAAGCCCGCCUCCACCCCUGUCAUUUUUGCAGGUGGUCAGGUAAGAGCCGACCCGCUUGCAGCCUCCACUGCCAACCUCAGCCUUUUACUGCAGCACCAGCCGCUGCCCGCCUAUACAAUUCAGGGACAAUACGCUAUUCCACACCCAGAUCAGUUGACCAAGCUCCACCAGUUGGCUAUGCAGCAAACCCCCUUUACUCCCCUUGGACAGACCACCCCCGCUUUCCCUGGAGAAAAGCUGCCCUUACAUUCCUCCGAAGAAGCUCAAAAUCUGAUGGGCCAGUCAUCAGGUUUGGAUGCCAGUCCCCCGGCCAGUACUCAUGAACUCACCAUUCCCAAUGAUCUAAUAGGCUGCAUAAUCGGACGCCAAGGGACCAAAAUCAAUGAAAUUCGGCAGAUGUCGGGAGCGCAGAUCAAAAUUGCCAACGCCACGGAAGGGUCAUCGGAGCGCCAAAUUACCAUCACAGGAACCCCUGCAAACAUCAGCCUUGCGCAGUACCUCAUCAACGCCAGCUCUGCAGACCCUGACCCCCACGGGAGGAACACCUUCACCGCCUGACCUGGUGCCAAUGGCUGAUGCUUGAGCCCCCUCUGAAGAUGCUGCCGGCGUCCUGCGAGCUUCUCCCACUCCUUCGUGGCACCCUUGGGGCCGCUGCCCGAGCCCCCGCCCGCGGCUGUCCAGACCCUGCUCCCUCGACCGGGGCGCGGGGCAGCAGCGGGCUCGGGGGCUGGGGCAGCGGGUCUCAGGAGGAGAGCAGCGUGCAGCCAGCGUGCAGCGGUUCCCAGUGCGAGCCCCUGC